AUGGCUCCUCCUCUGCACUCGCCGGCGCUGAUCUCCACCACCUCGCCCUUAACGCUCCGCAUCGUUUCGCCCGUGCCGUCUUCGCCCUGGUGCCGCCGCGCUCGGCCGUUGGCCUCCGCUGGGCUGGGGGGAGCCGCGCGCAGAGACCGGCGCCGGAGGCGGAGCACGCGGGGGCGGAGGGGCAUGAGGAUCUGCGCCUACACGGCCGAAGCUGAACACGGGAGUUCGGAGGAGGACGUGGCCGACGAUUUCUACUCUGUUCUUGGCGUCAUGCCAGAUGCAACCUCUGAGGAAAUCAAGAAGGCAUAUUACAGUUGCAUGAAAACGUGCCACCCGGACCUCAGUGGAGGCCAUCCUGAUGUGACCAACUUCUCCAUGUUCAUCAACGAGGUUUACACGGUGCUGAGCGAUCCGGUGCAGCGUGCGGUGUAUGAUGAGAUCCAUGGGUACACGGCAACAGCGACAAACCCUUUCGUUGAUGACAGUGCAGUCAAGAACCACGUGUUCGUCGAUGAGUUUACCUGCAUAGGAUGCAGAAUUUGCGCCAACGUGUGCCCCAGUGUCUUUGAAAUUGAGGAAGACUUUGGGAGGGCAAGAGUCUGCUCCCAGAGGGGUAGCCCGGACCUCAUUCAGGAUGCCAUUGAUAGUUGCCCAGUUGACUGUAUUCGCUGGACUUCUGCUGCACAACUUUCACUCCUUGAGA